UCUCCAGUUAAAGGAUCUUGGCUAACAGAGCUGGAAAGGAGCUCUUCCUGAAACCUGGGCAGAGUUGCUGCCACUCUGAGUAGACAGUACUGAGCUUAGAUAGGCCCAUGGUCCGACUUGGUAUAAAAUAUUUUCAUGUCUGUGUGUAUGUCUUGCAUUUCAGUUUAGAUCAGUCAAGGUUUAGCCAGCUGAUAAGAUAUGGAUCUCUGAAGUGCCAAGUGGGGUGGGUCUUAGUUAUAUAGCUUCAGGUCUCUGUCAGUUACUUGUUUCACAGUCUCAACUCUGGCAGUUGGCUGCACUGUAUACAGCCUGGGACCUUGCAGUUCUGACCACCUCAGUCUCUCUGUAAGGGAACUUGCCGCUAGGAAUAUGGAUAGCCUAGGUUUUUAAAAGUCAGGAGUUGGAAAAUGUUUGACACUACUUCCCGAGCAAUAGGGAGUGGCUGAGCUCUACAUUACAAGGGAAGCAUUCUGCAGAACAUAUAAGCACUGUCCCCUCUGCCUUCCCCCACCGGACUACUUCUGCUCAGUCUGCCAAGGUGGAUUGGAGCCUUAGAGUAACAGGCCUCCAUCUUGUCUACUAAUCCUCAGUUCUUGAGGUGGCAGAGUACAUGAGACUGCGCAACCCAAGAAUGUAUAAUAGUCUGCUCAUAUUCUGGUUUAAUGCGACCAUGCUACACUCAUUAGCAUCAACUGGGAUGAAACACCUCAUCAGCAUUUUGGUUGAACCCUUGUUUGGAACUGAUCAUCUGAAUGUUGUCUCUCCCCCCUCCCCCCCGCCCUUGGGUUUGUGUGCAUUCAACACAUACUUUUGAUUAGUGGUUCUUUUGGACCAAGGGUAGAAAAUAAGUUAAUGCUUUGCACAAGUUGAGUUCUACCUGUUUCUAAUCUAGUGUAAAUAUAGAAAUGGGAUUUGAUGCCAUCCACUGGAAUACAUGAGAAUCAAGCCGAAACACAUUGUAAAUGCAUAUUUAGCAUUCUCCUUGCACACCAAAAUAAUCAGUAUGCAGCAUUUCUACCACACCCCCAUGAAAGUUUGUUCAGUAGCACAAGAGCUACAGGCCUGCCAUCUAAAAGGAGGAGGCGUGGUCAGUUAAUAUGGUUAUAUGGAGUUAUAAGCAGCUGUUUUGAAACCAAAAUGCAUCUAAUUGGGGGGCACAAGCAGAGUCACUCUCUAAUAGUCCCUUUUCCACCUUCCCAGGAAUUUGUUUGCCCUGAGGGGAAGGCAAAAGAGGAUAAUUCUCAGGUCUGAGACCUCAUGCCAUCAACUCAUGAGGAAGCCAUCAAUGGCCUAUUAUGAGCUAGGGACUUGGGGACUGGCAAAAUGCCGCUGUGCCAUUGUGCAGUGAAGCACAGUGAGUCGGACAUGGAGGGGUGCCGUUUUUCACCUGCUGGACAGCUGAGGGUGUACCUUCACUGGAAGGGUGACCAGGAGGAGGAACCUUACCAGACUUACACACAGGGGACUCUCUGUGCUGAAGAGAUCUGCAUUGAUAUUGCGCAGAAGAUUGGUAUCACACCAGUCUGCUACAGCUUGUUUGCACUUUAUGAUCCACAGGCCAAACUAUGGUUUCCCCCCAACCAUGUGUUUGAAAUUAGCAGCAGCAUCAAGUUGACCCUGCAUUUUCGCAUGAGGUUUUAUUUCCGAAACUGGCAUGGGAUGAAUGACAAGGAGCCAGCUUUCUGUCGCAGCAUUCCUCGUUUAAGUGACUCGGAGGACAAGUCACACAGGGGUGAUCAUGGCAGUGCCCUUCUGGAUAAAUCAUCAUUUGAAUAUCUCUUUGAGCAAGGGAAACAUGACUUCAUUAAUGAUAUUGCCUCUCUAAAAGACCUACGCACCGAGCAAGAGCUUCACCAGUUUAAAAAUGAGAGCCUGGGGAUGGCUGUCCUCCAUCUCUGUCACAUUGCUCUCAAAAGACGCAUAUCUCUUGAAGAAGUGGCAGAGAGAACCAGCUUCAAAGAGUGCAUCCCACGCUCCUUCUGCCGGCAGAUUCAGCAGAACAAUUACCUAACCAAGUUCCGCAUGAGGAAUGUCUUCAAGAAGUUCUUGCAGCGCUUCCAGCAGCACACAGUGAGCACUGGCAAGCUAAUAGAGCAAGACAUCAUGUACAAAUACUUAUCAACUUUGGAGAAUUUGGCUCCACGAUUUGGGACUGAGCGGUUCCAGGUCCUCUCGCUGGAAACCAUUUCAGAGGGUGAGAAGGUGCCCCUUUAUAUCAACGGAGGGCAUACUCAUUUGGAGAAUUCCCAUGCUUCUCCUCUUAGCGACAGGCCUGCCACACACGAGGUCCUGAUCACAGGCACAGAAGGCAUUCAGUGGUGGCCCAUCUCAACUGAGAAAUUGGAAAGCCGUCCCCAUAAGGGUUAUUUGGGAAGGAAGGCCAGAACUAAAGACCCCAAGCUCAAAUGGCCCUACCAACCAGUGGAGCGACAUGAACCAAAAUGGGUCCACUUCUGUGACUUCCAGGAAAUUACACAUGUUGUUGUCAAGGAUUGCCAAGUCAGCAUCCAUCGGCAAGACAAUAAGUGCUUGGACCUGACUUUGCCAUCCUCUGAGGCUGCUCUCUCCUUGGUUUCACUGGUGGAUGGUUACUUCAGAUUGACAGCUGACUCCAGCCACUAUCUGUGCCAUGAAGUAGCCCCACCGCGGCUGGUUAUGAGCAUUCAGAAUGGUAUCCAUGGACCCAUGCAGGAGGAGUUCAUAUUGGCUAAGCUGAAGCGGGAGGAGCAAGAGGAAGGGUUGUACGUUCUCCGCUGGAGUGUUCUUGACUUCAAUAGUUUGAUCUUGUCAGUACUAAGGAGAGGCCAGAGCUUCCGGAUCCAGGACACCACAAGCUACAGACAACUUCGGAUCCAGAAGAAGGGAAAUUCCUUUGCACUGGAAGGCUGGGAUCAGGAGUUCUCUAGUGUCCAGGAACUGAUGAAUGCUCUCAAACGUUGCAAUCUGAGAUCUGGCAAUGAGAUCUUUAGUUUGAAGAGGUGUUGUCUCCCAAAGCCAGGAGAAGUCUCAGACUUGCUAAUCGCACGAAAAGUAAAGGACAGCACCAGGCAGAUUCUGAACUUGAGUCAAUUGAGCUUCCACCAGAUUCGAAAGAAUGAGAUCACCCAGCGUGCUCACUUGGGACAAGGGACAUGCACCAACAUUUACGAUGGUGUGCUACAUGUGAGUGGUGGGACCACUGGUGAUGAUGAGACAGAGUACUUCUCCACAGAGCAGAACAACAACAGCCGUGAAAUACACGUCGUGCUCAAGAUGCUGGAUCCUAGCCACAGGGACAUUGCUUUGGCAUUCUUUGAAACGGCCAGCCUAAUGAGCCAGGUCUCCCACAUCCACUUGGCCUUUGUGCAUGGAGUUUGUGUUCGGGGCUCAGAGAAUAUAAUGGUUGAAGAGUUUGUUGAACAUGGUCCCCUGGAUGUCUUCUUGCGGAAACACAAAGGGCAAAUAAUAGUGGGCUGGAAAUUCACUGUUGCUGCACAGUUAGCUAGUGCUUUGAGCUACUUGGAAACCAAAAACCUAGUGCAUGGCAAUGUAUGUGCCAAGAACAUCCUGCUGGCCAGGAAAGGCUUAGAAGAUGGUUCAUUGCCCUUCAUUAAGCUCAGUGACCCUGGAGUCAACUUCACUGUGCUGUCCCGAGAAGAACGAGUUGACCGGAUCCCAUGGAUUGCUCCAGAGUGUGUCAAAGAUGUAAGCAACCUCAGCACGGCAGCUGACAAAUGGAGCUUUGGUACCACGCUGCUGGAGAUAUGCUUUGAUGCAGAUGUGCCACUGAAAGAACGCACUCCUUCUGAGAAAGAGCGUUUCUAUGAGAAGAAACACCGCCUUCCAGAGCCAGCUUUCAAAGAGCUAGCUACCCUGAUCAGCCAGUGCCUGAACUAUGCUCCUGGGGAACGGCCUUCUUUCCGAACCAUCUUGCGAGACCUUACCCAAUUGCAGCCACACAAUCUCCUUGACAUCACUACUGUGAACCCUGAAUGUCCUAUAUCAGACCCCACUGUUUUUCAGAAGCGCUACCUGAAGAAGAUCAGAGACCUUGGAGAGGGUCACUUUGGCAAAGUGAGUUUGUACUGCUAUGAUCCCACCAAUGAUGGUACUGGCGAAAUGGUAGCAGUGAAAUCAUUGAAAUCUGGCUGCAGUCAGCAGCUUCUGACCAGCUGGAAGAAGGAAAUUGAGAUCCUGAAGACACUCUACCAUGAGAACAUUGUCAAAUACAAGGGCUGCUGCAGUGAGCAAGGUGAAAAGAUUGUGCAGCUUAUUAUGGAGUACGUGCCUUUGGGGAGCCUGAGGGAUUAUCUACCCAAGCACAAUGUCUGCUUGGCCCACAUCCUCCUCUUUGCCCAGCAAAUUUGUGAGGGAAUGGCCUAUCUCCACUCCCUGCGCUACAUCCAUAGGGAUCUGGCAGCCAGGAAUGUGCUCCUGGAGAAUGAGAAUGUGGUGAAGAUUGGAGACUUUGGUCUUGCCAAAGCCAUCCCUGAAGGACAUGAAUACUACCGUGUCUGUGAAGAUGGAGAUAGUCCUGUCUUCUGGUAUGCUGUUGAGUGCCUGAAGGAGUGCAAAUUCUACUACACCUCCGAUGUCUGGUCCUUUGGAGUUACUUUAUAUGAACUCUUAACUCGCUGUGAUUCUAGUCAGAGCCCUCCAACGAAAUUCAUUGAGAUGAUUGGAGCAACUCAGGGUCAAAUGACAGUGCUGAGGCUUAUAGAGCUGCUGGAUAGAGGGAAGAGGCUGCCCAUCCCAAAGGACUGUCCUUACGAGAUUUACCGCCUGAUGAAAAACUGUUGGGAAUCAGAAGCUUCCUUCCGCCCAGCCUUCACGAACCUUGUGCCCAUUCUCAGAGCCUUCCAUGAAAAGUACAGGGCCCAGGCUCCCUCAGUUUUCAGCGUAUGUUGAUCAGGAUGUGGAGAUUCUCACCCAAAGACCAUGCUCUCAUCUGCACUUUGUGUCUUGAUGCUUUCUCUGUGUCUGGAAAGCUGCAGUGCCAUGGAAACUGCUUCAGUGUAUUGGCACGCCUUGGGACUCGGUCUUCCGCCAUUCUAAUGCCCAGAGCCAAUGCAGAAUGUUCCUACCUUGUCAGGGUUCUGCCCUUUCACCAAGUGUGACAGAACUGCGGUGGGAAAGAGCCCACCCAGUUUAUUUGUCCUGAACAAAGGCAAAGACUGUUUCUGAAGCAAUGUCUACUUCUGUACACACAAGCUUUGCCUAAGCAAACUGGAGGAGAUUUGAUCUGAGUAUGGGAGAGCACAUGUCAGGUGCAGGAAUGGACAGACUGUUUUUUCCAUUGUAUUUUAAUGGACCAUUGGCCCUAUUGGUCAGUCCGAUGCAGAUGGAGUAUGCCGCUUGGAUUGGAGGCCAAGGUAUUUUAACACAACACAUUGGCUCACUAUAGGAAAUCUCCAUCUUGGACUGGAUGUGUAGUGUGCGGACUGUUUUAGAACUGUAUCUACUUAUGAAAUAAAGGGAAGACCACCUGGCCUUUACAUGUUUCUUACAACACCUUUCCAAGAAAAUGUGCUUUUUUCAAAGCAAAUGCUUUGGAUUUCUAAAGAUGUGUGAGCUGUUCUCUCAUUCCAUUUUGCUAGGUUUCUGAAUAUUUCAGAAUUGCUGGAGCUUUACAUUUUAGAUUCCUCUACUACUACCAUCACCACUUUCUGCAUACUGAUCUUUUCAUUUACUCUUUGGAAGGGACUCUCUCUCACCCUCUGAAAGUCCAAUGUGGAGUCAGAUGCACCCUCGGCUGAUCGGAUAUUAGAGAGGUGAAGGGGGAAAUCCCUAGUUGUUGACUUUGCCCAAGUAUCUGAUCAUAAAUUGUAUGUUCAUAUAGAGGUCUCGAGUUUGCUCUCAAAGAGUCGUCUGGGCUAUCCUUGCUGUCUCAGCAAUUAAGGAAGAAAGCUUCUCCAUUUGCUCCAGAAGCAUAUUACAGCUGCCAAGAACUCAUCCCAUGCAUUAGCUGCCUUGCUGCUUGUCUGUGAAUUUCCUAUCAGCCCACCAUGCUUUCUGGGCAGUUUUGCAGACCACCUGUUGCACCAAGAACCAUCUUCCAAACCAUUGUUAGCUUGGAACCACCACCAACAAAACCUUUCUACCCCUUCAUCCCCAUCUUUGGCCAACCAGAAACUGAAUGUGAAGGGGUGAUGAGUAUAAGUGGGGAGGCAGAAGGGAAAUUACAGGCCUUAAAUCAUAUUGAAAUUGAAGAUGAUAAAUGCCUUUUAGCCACUCACUUGGUUGCUACUGCCCAAUAACCAAGCUUAAGUAGCAAAUAAACAGUGAUACUGCUGGGGAAACCCAGCUGCCGCUUACACCUCAGAGAGACUUUAAUGUGUCUUAGCUUUUUUUAAAAAAAGCCUCCUUGCUUCCUAAGCCAUAGGAGCAAUUGCUUUUGUUCCCAGUCUUCAGGAGCCCUUCUCCGUUCUCAUCAGACCUGCUUUGAGCAGUUUGCUCCAUUUUCAUCAAUGCUGUUGAGAGACUGCUGGAGAGAGGUUGCAUGUCCAUGCGCUGCAGAGCGCCAUGAUGAAGUCAGUAUGCCAGUUACCUUCAGGACUAAUUUCUCCCUUGCCUAAUGUACAUUCUUGGGUUGUGUCUCUUUCUUCCUCUUCUUCUCUCCCCCACUGCCCGCAGGUGCUAGGACUGGUGCUAGCUGUUUUUGGCCAACCAGACUCUGCAGAACAUUGAUGAGCCAGGCUGUUUCUCUUUUGAGAGAGAGAGAGGGUGGCAGCUGUUAACAAACUUGUUUCUUGUGUGGCUCUAUAUCACUAAACAGUGCUUCAGCAAUUGAGUGUUGCCACAAUGUUUCUCUUUGAAUAUCCAUUUGAAGAGGAUGGGCAAAAUUCAAAAGGAUGGCGAUGAUGAUUAUUUUUAAACCUUCACAUUACUCUGCUGUAAAACUCAAUUAUGUUCCUGGAGCUAUGAAUGAACUUGAUGCAACUGCUUAUCCCUGAGCAAUCUCCCGUCAUUCAAGUUCUCCAAGGACUAGAAGCAACCAGCUGGCCAGUUGCUGGAGGUGAGAGUUACCAGCUGAAGGAAGGGAAUGCAUGAAGAGACCUGAGGCUAUUGCCCAUGCUAACUCAAGCAGUCCAGGACUCUCUGGGCUGGUGUCCAUACUGAUGUGUGGCUCUGAAUACCAGAUGUCCAAAAAUGGUGUGUGCAUGUGUCUUAAGAUGCUUUGUGCUGAAUAUUAUUCUCUUAAUUGCUAACCUUUUUGACAGGUAUAGAGUUGGCUGGGGGUUUGGUCAGCAAUAAAGCCCUGUUCAGGCACCCUACUUGUGGACACUGUGUACUGGAAUACAGCAUCCACAAGAGCAUGCCUUUAAGCCCUGCCCCCAUAUUGAUGCACUUACAACUUGGCUCCCACCACAAUUGCAGCAUUUGUCUGAAGAGGCAAAUGUGCUCAUGGAGAGUUUCUUCCCAUUAUUAGACUACUGGGGCACCCACAGCAUUCAAAUGACAAGGAGAAUCUGUCUGUAAAUACACUGUAAUUGUGGAGAGUAGAGAGGGCGGGGGGUUAGUACAUGUCACAGUAGGGGCAGAGCUUGCUGGCAUGCUCUCAGGAGCAGUAAUCAUGUACGGCGUUUCCACUUUGAUAACACCUGGACAGGGCUUAAGUCUCUGUCAAAUAGGUGAGAAGAAGUACAGAUCAGCAUGGUUUUUGAAGGGGGGCAUUAGCAACCCUAAAGCCAUCCCAGAUACAAACUCCAAACUUGGCUGGUUUCUUGAUCUGCUUGUCUUGUCAUCUGCCUUGCACCCAAUAGGACUGGACAGUGUGUAGUAUUGUGUGAGUUUGCUUUCCAGGUCUUCUAACUUGGGGGCCAAGUAUUGGGAUAGUUCAGAGACCGCAACUAGAGUACUGGCUAUGUUUUUGAGGAACAAGUAAAGCCAGCCACACAUGGCUUUUGUGAUCUCCUACAAGAACAGUCAGAGCCACUGCAUUUGUACUGUCCUCACCCGCUUUUGACAGACCUAGGCUAGGAUCCAGAGAUUGUGAAAUCCAUUCUGUGAGCCCAUGGGAGUCUCACAGCCCAAUUCUAUGGAUACUUUCUCAGAAGUCUCAGUGAGUUUUACAGGACUUGCUCCCAAGUAAAUGUGUACAGGAUUGCAGCUUUAGGCUUGUUUCUCUUCAUCCCCACGGCACAUGCUUUCUGAAGCGGAGGGAAGUUUUAAAAAGCAGUCUCAAAUGCCUUGUGAGGGUUAGCUGGUAAGUAAUAAUAAUAAUAAUAAUAAUUCAGUUUCUAUACCGCCCUUCCAAUAAUGGCUCAGGGCAGUUUACAAAGAGAAAUAACAAACAAAUAAGAUGGCUCCCUGUCCCCAAAGGGCUCACAUUCUAAAAAGAAACAUAAGACACACACCAGCAACAGUCACUGAAAGUACUGUGCUGGGGGUGAAUAGGGCCAGUUACUCUCCCCCUGCUAAAUAAAGAGAAUCACCACGGUAAAAGGUGCCUCUUUGCCCAGUUAGCAGGGGUCAAAGUAAGUCAAAAGUUACAUUGUACCAGCACAAACCCCUCCCAUGAGUCCAAGUGGCUCUUUGAAUUCUGACCCUAUGUAUUUUUAAACCCAAAUGGCUGUAGAGGAAAGAUGAUGCAAUUAUCCCUUGGAUUAUGGUUUUUUCAAGACUUGCAUAUUAAGUCAGUGGGACCACUUAUCUUUACAAAAUUCAUGAUCUUAUAUACUUCUAUUCUUUGGAGGACUGCAUGUACCACUCCUGAUGAACUUGGGACCUUGGCCUUCAAAUUGGUCUUGCCUCCCCAGCCCCCGUGUGUGUGUGUCCUGGUACAGAAUUGUGCCCUGAGCCUACACUACCAGCUGUGUCUCUGGAGGGUGGAACAAUGCCAGAGACAGCUGGCAAUAGCAAUGUUCUAGCUGCCAAGCUCUUUAUGUUUUGUUUUGUUUUGUUUUGUUUUUGGAGCGGGGGGGGGGCUAAAAAGCUAAACUGGAGAACUUCACAGCACUGUGCCUUUUGCAUCUGGAACUGCACUGAAGAUCUGAGGCAAGAACUCCUUUUUCAACAGAAGCAUGGGCAAGCUUCAGCCACAGCCUCCCUUGCUUUUUCUGUGCCCAAAGCUGCUGUAUAUUUUGUGAGUGUACAGAGAGAGUGAAUAAAUUCUCUACUGGAAAACCUUGCUCUAAUGUGAAUGUACUCUGCUAGUCUAGCAGCAGCUAGAAAAAUUAACUAUGUGUAAUAUCCUGAUAAUGUCGUUCAAAUUUUCUUCAAAUAAACCUCAUGUAACUUUUAA